AGCUAGGGUUUUUCUCUCCCGCCUGGCCGCCGCCCGUCCGUCCACCCACCGCCGCCGCCAUGGCCGCCGACACCUCGAAGCCGCUCUUCCCCGCCGCGCCGCACACCUCCCUCCUCCCGUCCCACGGCAACCCCAACCGCCUCUCGCCGGAGGCCACCUACUGGCGCAACUUCCGCUCCUCAGAGCUCGAGACGAGCUCCACCUACUCCGUCACCCACCUCGCCUUCUCCCCGGCGCACGCCAAGCCCACGCUCGCCGCGGCCUGGUCCUCCGCGGUGCACCUCUUCACCGGCGACCCCCUCGCGCCGCGCCCCAAGGUGACCGUCUCCAAGGACGACGCCGCGUUCUCGCCCUCCUUCCGCUGCGACGGGGCGCUGCUCGCCGCCGGCGACAAGAAGGGCGUCGUCCGCGUCUUCCGCGUCGACAAGCCCACCGCGGGCCCGCUCCGGACCCUCUCCGCCCACACCGCCGAGACCCGCGUGGUCUGCUACCCGGAGGCCGGCGGCGACAAGGUCCACCUCCUCACCGCCGGAAACGACGCGCUGCUCGCCUACUGGGACGUCCCCUCCGAGACGCCCGUCUUCACCGUCCCCGCGGCUCACCGCGACUACAUCCGCGCCGGCGCGCCGUCCCCCGUCGACCACCACCUCUUCGCCACCGGCUCCUACGACCAAAGCGUCAAGCUGUGGGACGCCCGCACGGGGAAGGCUCCUGCUCUGUCCUUCUCCCAUGGCGCCUCGGUGGAGUGCGUGCUCUUCCUGCCGUCCGGCGGGUUGCUGGCCACGGCCGGAGGUACCACGGUGAAGAUUUGGGAUGUGAUUGGUGGUGGCCGGCUCGUGCACUCGGUGGAGAGCCAUGUCAAGACAGUCUUUGCGCUCGCUCUCGGGAAGAUGGGCACCACCGGGGAAACUCGGCUGCUUAGCGCAGGGAGUGAUGGAUAUGUGAAGUGCUUUGAUUAUGGGGAGCUCAAGAUGACACACUCGAUGCGGUACCCCAAGGAGUUGCUGUCCCUGGCUUGCUCGCCGUGUGGGACGGUGCUUGUUGCCGGAUCUUCAAAGGGAGACAUUUUUGUGCGCAGAAGGAAGAAGAAUGCAACGGAGGAGGAAGAAGAGGAGGUUGUCAGCAGCGAGUUCGCUUGGACGACGCCCAAGCCAGAGAAGCAGGCGCUGAAGCCGAGCUACUACAGAUAUUUCCUCCGUGGUCAGAAUGAAAAGGCCAAGCAGGGCGACUUCGUGAUCUCAAGGCCCAAGAAGGUGAAGUUCGCAGAGCACGACAAGCUGCUGAGGAAGUUCAGGCACAAGGAAGCUCUGGUUUCAGCAUUAGCCAAGAACAAUCCGAGGAGCGUCGUGGCGGUCAUGGAGGAGCUGGUCGCGAGGAGGAAGCUGGUGAGAUGCAUCGGGAAUCUUGACGUGGCCGAGCUCGGGCUGCUCCUCGACUUCCUGCAUCGCAACACGACCCUGCCGAGGUAUGCAAGGCUGUUGCUUGGGGUGGCGAACAAGGUCCUGGAGAUGCGUGCUGAGGAUAUCAUAAGCGAGGAUGGGGGAAAGCUGAGGGGGUGCGUCAGGAACCUUAAGCGGAUGGUCAUGGAGGAGAUUCAGAUACAGCACACCCUGCAGGAGAUCCAGGGGAUGAUAUCUCCCAUGCUUGCGCUUUCUGCGAGCAGAUAAAAGAGAAUUUUGUUACCUGUUUGGGUUGCCAUAAGUGCUCGUGUAUGUUCAUUUAUGCUUCAUAGACCAUGCUUGCUUGUUGGUGAAAUUUUGGCUUGUUUCUACUGAGUGAGAUCCUAGUGCCUAGAGACUUUUGUUCAGAUUGUUCUUCUAAUAUGUGCCCCUAUUUUGAUGAUGUUCAGUACCGAUUCAAGUGAUGUGGUUGCUUA